AUGGAGGUCAAUGACACUUUGCACGUAGUGACACAACUCAACCCCGAUGCACUUUCGAUUGCUGCAGAACUUGAUGCUCAACGAGCGCAAGGGAACAUCCUUGGUCCACUACAUGGAAUUCCAAUCCUGCUGAAGAACAAUAUUGCCACAGCGGACCAGAUGUCAAACACUGCCGGCUCUUAUGCUUUGGCUGGAACAAAGGUUCCGAGAGACAGUACAAUGGCUGCGAAACUCCGAAAAGCUGGAGCAAUCCUUUUGGGCAAGACAAAUUUAUCCCAGUGGGCUAACUACAGAAGCUUCAAUACAAGCAACGGCUGGUCUGCUAUAGGAGGACAGACUCGGGGAGCAUAUUAUCCCGGCCAGGAUCCGUCGGGUUCUUCUUCGGGGAGUGCUGUGUCCAGUUCACUAGGCCUUGCUCUGGCAUGUCUGGGAACAGAGACAGACGGGUCCAUCAUUUCACCGUCUGAUGUGAACAACAUUGUAGGUAUCAAACCAACAGUCGGAUUAACAUCAAGGGAUCUCGUCGUACCAAUAUCGGAACACCAGGACACAGUUGGUCCAAUGGCCCGUACUGUGCUAGAUGCUGCUUACCUACUGUCAGCAAUCGCUGGAAAAUCCCCCUACGACAAUUACACUGAUGCCAUUCCAUUUGACAAUAUUCCGAACUAUGUGGCCGCCUGCACUUUCUCUGCUCUUCAUGGAAAACGUAUCGGAGUGCCCCGCAACGUGAUUGAUCUGCAGAGCGAUGCUUCAUACGCACCAGUCAUUGCCGCGUUCGACACUGCUCUGGAUAUUCUGCGAUCUGCUGGUGCCACAAUAGUUGAGAGCACCAAUUUUACAGGUUUUCAGGCUGCUCUCGAGAAUCCAUACGGCAGCGUCGUACUCGAAGCGGACUUCGUUAGUGAUCUUCCUAAGGAAUACCUUUCGCAGCUUUCGACAAAUCCCAACAAGGUGUAUUCUGUGGCAGACCUGCGGAACUUCACCCAAUCAGAUCCUCGUGAGGACUUCCCAGAACGGGAUACUAUGAUCUGGGACGAAGCAGUCGAGCAGCAAGGACUCGGUAACACGUCUCCCGAAUUCUGGUCAAAUUAUACCCUCAACAGGUAUCUCGCUGGUCCCCUUGGUGUGACAGGGGCUUUGAAGAACUAUUCACUGGAUGCUGUUGUGCUGCCCACAGGCUUUGCUUCCCAUUUCCCAGCUCUAAUAGGAUCACCGGUGGUCAGCGUUCCAUUAGGAGCAUAUCCUGCCGAUACGAAAGUUGUCCCCAAUGGGUUUGGAAAUCUCAACGCGACCGCGCCGAAUAUCCCAUUCGGCAUUAGUUUCAUGGGUGCACACUUCAGCGAGGAACUGUUGAUAGGUCUUGCCUACGCAUUCGAGCAAAGGACGCUGGUCAGAGAUACGAUAAUACCUUAUAUCCAACCUACCACGGAGCUAGCUGAUGUCAUCAACGCAAGGAGGAAAAGGGCGAGCGCUUAA